UUUUAGGAGAACACAACUUUGCUGGACUAGACCGUGGUGUACCCAGGAAACAAGGAUCGAUAUACGUUGCUGCAAGAUGAAUUUGGAGGAAUACUUCAAAAGAAUUGGUUUCCAUGGCUCAUUUGAAAAGCCUGAUCUUGUGACACUGAAGUUGAUCCACAAACAGCACAUCAUGUCGAUCCCAUUUGAAAACCUCAGUAUUCACAGUGGUGAGACGAUCACCCUGGACCUGAUGACCAUCUUUGAAAAGAUUGUCAGGUGCAGCCGUGGAGGUUGGUGCAUGGAGAACAACCUACUGUUUGGGUGGGUGCUGAGAGAAAUGGGCUAUGACACCACAACCUUGGGCUCCAGAGUUUUCAGCAGUGUCCUCAAUGACUUUCCAACAGUUGAGUCUCAUCUCAUUAACAUGGUCACCAUCGAUGGAAAGGCUUAUAUAGCAGAUGUAAGCUUUGGGGUGUCUUCUCAAAUACGGGAGCCUCUGGAGCUCAUUUCUGGGAAAGACCAACCUCAGGCAGCGGGCAUCUUUCGUCUCACAGACAAGGGUGACCUCUGGGUGCUGGAGAAGACUGGUAGAAAGCCGGAGCUUCUGAAUCCAGACUUUGCUAAAUCAGGGCUGGUAAACAGGAAGGAUACAUAUACAAUCUAUGGCUUCACACUGGCGCAGCGUGAGAUAGAUCAUUUCUCAGAGAUCAACAAGAAACUCCAGACAGACCCUACUUCACUGUUCACAAAUAAAUCCAUCUGCUCUUUGCAAAACCCAACAGGAUUCAGAGCCCUUAUUGGCUGGACAUACAGCGAGGUCACCUUCAAACCUGAGAGAGGUGUUGAUAUCCUAGACAUGAGAGACAUAACAGAUGAAGAGAUAGAAUCAAUUCUGAAAGAAAAGUUUAGCAUAAAACUAAAGAAUAAACUGCUGCCUGUUUCUAAAACAGUAGACUACAAGCUCUGAAAAUAAUCACUUAAAAAAGAAGGAGAACUACAUAUUAAUGGCAAGUACUAAGUGGGUCUCUGACAUCUAUUCACUGAAUGCAUUUUAUUUGUUAUUCCAGAGUUGGUGAGUUGGUAGUAAAGCAAGUUUAAUCAUGAGCUCAAGUAUGCCUAUUUCUCAGCAAUUCAAAAUCCCUCUAAAGUUAUGUAGAAUAUAGAUGAUGGACAUGUUUCUCAGUGAAGAAAAAAGGGCAAAUGCAUGUAAAUAUUACCAUUAACUAAGUGAAUACAUAAGUCAACUAAUCAUGAGUCAGUCAUUGCCAAAAAUACCUACAUGUGCAUUUAUGUGAUUUUUGCCUAAAUAAAUGUGAAAAUAAAGAAAAUUCUCUCAA